GUUCCCGGUCAUGGCUUCGCCGAUGCUGGCGAUCUUGAUGGAGCUCGCAGAAGGUCACAGUAACGCCGUGACUCUCCCCUGCUAGACCGGGCGCUGCAGGCCAAAUAAAGAAGUCGUCAAGGUGGGCUUAAGGAAAUUGAGGGAAGUCACAGUGUUCGGCAUAAUCUCCUGCUCCACACUCAAGUCCAGAUGGUGGCGGUAAUGCACCGACAAAAUGGUUUGCGAACCGCCAAUGAACACUAAAAGAAGAAGAAAAACCUGCCUCUGUCAAAGUCGACGACUUUAUUAAAUGUGCUACUACCCCACAAACAGCUGUGUUGUGGAGAGGCCAUGUACCCCGUAGACCUGCCAGCCAUGAGAGACACUGACCUGACAACAGCAUCUGAGGAGUACCUCUCCUCUUUAGAGUCAAGGCCUCAUCAGAACCAGUGGUUUCCAUUAUCGCAGACUACAGAGGUAGCGAUAUCAGCGAAACAUGUGAGGCGGCUGCAGCUUUUUGAGGACGACCGACCUGACUGCACGCUGCUGGCUCUGCACUCUCCUGACGAUCCGACACACGUGGUGGCUUUGUACCUGCAUGACAAGUGGUGGCACGUGGAUGACGUCUUACGCACGUCCAGCGACUCCAGAAUGGGUUUGAUUUUGGUUCAGUCGCUGACGGAGAGGGUGGUUAUGUUCCUGCUCAGUCGGGUGGUGGAGCGGUCCCCCCAGGACAAGGUGGUGUUCUCCCUGCACCCCCGCACAGAGAGCUGCAAAGUGCUGUGGAGAGAUGGCCAGGCCGUUGGCUUCUACACCUUCAAACACAAAGGGAGUCUGUGUGACGGCUGCAGCAACCGCUGCUACCUGCUGCCCGCUCUGGACACGUUGCUGGUGAGGAGGAGCUGGAGGAGGAGAGGCCUCGGCCUUCAGAUGCUCACUGACUUCUGCACCUCGUUCUCCACCGAGCCCUUCCUGGGGGUCAGCUCCCCGUUAUCACCCGGCAUGGUGGCAGUGUGCAGGAGCUUUCUGCAGAAGCACCAGGAACGUUUGGAGCAUCUGUAUGAGGUGGAAGCUCCUGGGGGCUGGACUCAGCGACGUAACAUCUGGCUCAGCAUCAAGCUAGGCCGAUACUCUUUGGGUGUUAAUGAAGAGAGAACUCUGACAUCAGGGAAAACUUCCAGGUAUGAAGAGGACCCCUCUCAGAAGCAGGCGUCCAGUUGCAGUGUGGGCCCAACCUCGCUGACGACCUAUUCUGUGAACACCCACCUGGCAGAAGGCCCGUCGGUACAACAAAUAAAAAGCUGUGAUCCACACUCCCCAAGCAGCAAGAGCUCAGGAACAGUGUGUAGUCCUGCAGCCCACGCAGAGGAUCCAGACUCUGGACAUCCCACCAGACCACCACCACCACCUCAGCGCCGAGAGAAGCCAGAGGAGGAGACACAGAGCAGUGCCAAGCGAGGCAGAAGGACAUGAGGUCAAAGGGACAUAGGAACUUUGACUAUUUCACUUCUCCAAACAGAGUGGAUGAUCCGUCCUCCUCAGCUUGAACGGGCAGUAGGGUUACCAACUCUCCCAACCCCAAAUCAGGGACACUUUCGCGGGCUGAGUCUGACAGUUAAGUCAAGAGUGUCAUUGAAACGUUAAGCAAGCAGGUAGCUACAUGAACAGGGAGUGUUAAUCAGGGCGGGUGCAUGAGGAGUGUGUGUGGGCCUGGCUGGGCCACAACGAAGAUGAUGACGAUUUAACAGUUACCUCAAUUAAUGAAUAUUAUAAUAAGUCAACAAACAUAAUCGUUGUGGGUUGUUGCUAUUAUAAAGUCUGAGUGUCAGGUUGUCAUUUGUCAAAUUGUCACUUAAAAGUUACUGCAAUGGCCACUCAGUUAGCUAAAGUCAAAUAACACAGCAUAAGCUAUUUUGCACUGUUUUUGUAGCUAGCAGAGUUGAGAGUUCACUUAUUCAAAUGCAACUUGGGAUAUUAUAAUGUAACCAUUUAAAACUCAUAACGGCCAUCGACGGCCCUUCUUUGGUUUAAAUACACGUAUUCUGCCACAUACUGUUGGAGAUGCGAACACGUUCACUUUGCGUCUCACUGAAGCAACACAAUCUGUGGACAAUAAAUAUCAGAACCAAGAGCAGCGAGUCAACUACUUGCUGCUAACACAUCCCGUCGGACCCGGAUUAUUUAUUUAUAUCCGUUAA